AAGCUCACCUGUUGUUAGCCGUUGUCUUGGUGAUGAGUCUCGGGGUUUCCCCAUUUGUGACGUAGGGGGAUUUCCACCCACCAGCUCUGUCCUCUCGCAGUUUAACCCAGAGAAAAAGUGAAAGAAACGACGGAGCGGUGUUUGUCAUGUCACAGUCGACGGCGGAGGAGUCACCGAUACGAUUUUCUCUCGAGAUUUCUUUCCCAGAAGAACUUCGGUUAACUCCUGGCUUCCAAAAACAGGCGAAGCACCCGGAAAUGACUCCAUAACCGACGACCCGAUCGCGGAGGAUUUACGAUUCGACGCAGCGACGACCCGCGAAAGCGUAUAAACCGACCAAACUUGCUUUAGUUCUUCUUCGUGCCUGCAAUGAGAAACAUGAGCAUUGGGAACGGCGCAGCGGGAGACCUGGAUCUAGGUGAGUGCAGACGUGACGUCAUUGCGAGAUCUUAUAGAUGAGUACCUCAAAGAGCGGACCAUAAGACUCCCUGGCCCUCCUCCUCCACCGGUGGACCAGGAUAGCCCUCCGGUUGACCCGCCGUCUAGAAGCAGGCAAAGCGCUCCGGUGUUGGUCGCCCGAGGAGCAGCUCCACCAAAUUCAUUCAGCUUUCACCAGACCCCCACGGCACACGCUGAUGGUAUGGCACCGAUGCAUUCCAUGCAGAGACACAAAGCGGCAUCUCAGCGGCGUGGACAGUCAUCUGCAGCGCCCCAGAGUAUUCAGCAGACUGGAACAGAACACCUGGAGCUCUUCCUGGAAAAGCCAGAGCUGGUGGUGGUGGAGCAGCCGAAAGAGCGCGGCAUGCGAUUUCGUUACGAGUGCGAGGGACGAUCCGCGGGCAGCAUCCUCGGAGCCUCCAGCACCGACUCCAGCAAGACCCUGCCUACCAUCAAAAUCCAAGGCCCCAUUGAUAACAUCAAGAAAGCGAUGGUCACCGUGUCUCUUGUGACAAAGGACAUCCCGUACCGCCCACACCCUCACUGCUUGGUCGGGAAAGACUGUGCGGAUGGCAUCUGCGUCAUCCACAUCAAUCCCGCCGGCACUUGUCAACACAGUUUUGCGAAUCUUGGCAUCCAGUGUGUGCGGAGGAAGGAACUGGAUGCCUCGCUGCAGAAGAGGAGGAAUAAGAAUAUCGAUCCGUUUAACACGGGCCACUCUAAGAGCAUUGAGGACAUGGACAUGAACGUGGUGAGGCUGUGUUUCCAGUGUGAGCUGGAGCGAAAGGAUGGAGACCGAAUCCUCCUCGCCCCUGUGGUCUCUAACCCCGUCUAUGACAAGAAGGCGACCACAACGGCAGAGCUGAAAAUCAAUCGGCUUAAUGUUAUUAGAGGCCCCUGCACAGGAAAGACGGAAAUUUAUAUGCUCUGUGACAAAGUGCAGAAAGAUGACAUCGAGAUCAUCUUCAGCAAAGACGACUGGGAGGCCAAGGCGGAGUUUGCCCAGACUGAUGUCCACCGGCAAAUUGCCAUCGUUUUCAAGUCUCCACCCUUCAGGGAGCGGAGUAUAAACGAGGAGGUGGAGGUCAGUGUGUGCCUUCGCCGCAUGUCUGACCGGAUGGACAGCGAGCCGGUCAAGUUCACUUACGUCCCAGAUAAUGCAGAUCCUUACGGAGUCAACCGCAAGAGGAAAAUGAAAUCUGAUGUGAAGUUCAGCGAGCCGUGCAGCGUUCCUCAAAAUCAAGACAUUGGGAUUGAGCUCAGCGUGCCGCAGCAUUUUGACAACCCGUUCUACGCCGCUCCCGACUGUAACGUUCCCAGUGCCUCCAUGCCAGCCUCUGUCAUGGAAGGAGGCGUCCACAUGCCCUCCCAAGUCAUGGAGGAAAUUCACUAUGAUGAAGACUUUAAACAAGAGGACAGUUGCGUUAGCCUGGACCCAGAAACUUUGGACACCGUCCUCCAAGGCAUUACCCAAUGCUUUGCCAGCUUCAGACAAGACCAGUCCCAGCAAGGUUCAGACCAGUUUCUUAAUCAGCUACUGUUUCCAAGCGAGCUCAACUUUGGUUUAGAUGGCACAGAUAUGAAAUUGAACGCCAGUCAGCCUAUGACGAACAUGUCGUCUAUAAACGACGCGCACUUCAGUCAGAUGGUGAAUGAGAAUCAGGCCUAUCCAUUAGAUCUAGACAACAUCGAAGAUGUGUUUCCCCACGUGAAGAGCGAGAAUGAACUGGACCACUGAAUGCCGCCGUGUCUUGCCUAUUAGGACUUUGGACAUGCAGUCGAUAUUGACUAUAAACAAUUUUUGGACUAGCAAAGGACAGACUGAGCCAAGCUUGUUAUCGACUGCCAAACCUGUUCAGCUGGCACUGUCUUUGACUUUCGUGUUUGGUAGUAUGAACAUACUAAUGAAGUAAAUCACCUGCUCAACCGCUGGUCUUGUAAAUGGACUAGACACCAUGGUAGCUAGCUUAAAGGUGGAGAAGCAUCUAGCCAUUGCGUUUUUUUUUUAAAAGGGAGCAACAGAUGCUGCUCAGUUGCAUGUGAUGUGCCAGUUUUGUCUGUUAUUCGCUAAUUUAUUGCGUGGAUUCUGUAGUAUCCUGUAGAUGGUCCCAUACUCAAAUUUACUGUGUGUUUUAUGCGUUGCAUUGUAAGGUGAACAUUUCUGAGCAGUCAAUUCACAGAGGAAUUUCAGUUAGCAGCAUUAAGGGGACAAAGUUUGACGUUUAAACGUAAUUCUGAAGUAGCGGUUGGAUCAAUUGAUGCAAUUCGAAGCAAUCUGACUCCAUGCUCAAGCCAGGUCUGACACCAUAAAAGUGAUUUCAGCAACAACAAAAUCGAAUCCUCUGCAUAUCGGUGGCCGUUUGUAACUCUCAAUCAAAAAUAGUGCUCAAAAACUGAUGUUCGUUGAACUAGUUAGCACUAUGAUAUGCUAUUAGGGGCUGUUCACACGGAACAUGUUUUUCCACUUCAGUGCACUGCUUUUUCAUUGUUUUUAUGUAAACAUGCACAAGACGGAUGUUUGACUGUUGUACUUGUGUACAGCGCAUGACAAAAUGUCCUAAAAGCAUGGUGUUGAAGUUGACACACUGCCUGUGUCUUGUGUGAAUGGAUUCUUAGCUUGCUAAGAAGUCUUACUGAAAGCACAAAGAAAGGGAAAUUAUUAAUUUUAAAAUUUUUGGUUUUGGUAAUUGUUUUAUGCAAUUUAUAUACACUAAUUACCACUUUUUAAUGCAUCAGAGGGGUUUUUGGAUGUGAAGCCCCAUUCCCAAAGAAAUUUAAUUGGUCCAAAAUACUCAAAUUGGUCUUACGUUGUGUAACAUUGUCUGUGUGUGUUUUCUGAUUGGCCCGCUUUGCACAGGAUUUGAUUUUUUUGUUGUUGUUGGGAAUAGUCAGAUUAUCCCUGGAAACGUGAUUCCUGGUUAACGUCAUAAUGCGAGUUUGCAUAGGACACUGAAAUGAAUGUAGUGAAUGAGGUCGGAGGCAAAAACGAUCACAUCAAUAUUGAAGGAAGUUGGGUUCACGAGCGUAACCAUUGGAAAGCAUUUUGUUCUUUUAUACCCAUCUAAUGUCUGUUAUACUGCUGUGAGUUUUAUGGCCUUGUGUAAAAAGUCGCUAUCAAAUAAUGUCAGUCUGCUUCUUAUAGUGUUAUUGCUGUCAAUAUUAAAAUUGUGUGUUCUGGAAAAUAACUCAA